AUGAAAACGGGGAUCUGUUAUGAAGAUGCUUGGCAAUUAACGACAGUGAGAUUAGUAUCUGCUGCUGAGUCCCACUGUCUAUCGGUUAUAUGCCAAACGUACUGGAAUGAGAUCACACGGUUGACCGCAUCGUGCAGCACCGACGUCAAGAUAGUGAUGGAGCAGCUGGCUACCCUCUACCUUAUAUAUUGGGCAUUGGAGAGGUCGGGUGACCUAUUGAGGUACUCCACAAUAUCUGAAAAAGAUCUCAACCGUCUACAGGAGAGAUAUGAAGAGUUGUUGGCUUUGAUAAGGCCGAAUGCGGUGGGCUUGGUUGAUGCAUUUGAUUUCAGGGAUGAGAUCUUACGAUCCACUUUGGGUGCGUAUGACGGUCGAGUCUACGAGCGCUUAAUGGAAGCAGCUCUGAAGAGUCCACUCAACGACGGACCUGUCCAAGCAAGCUUUCACAAAUAUAUCAAGCCACUGACCAAGGGGAAACUGUGA